CACUUUCUCUCUGCUAAACUACAAACAGACGACAAAACUCCGCGCUGGCAAAGAUUCCAUCUUUAAUUGUCCCUCCAAAGACCUACUCCACCCCCACCCCCCUAGGGUAGUUCUUGUUCUUCCCCUCUAUCACUCUCUAAUUCCCCACAACCUAAAAUUCUACAACUGCUCAGUCUAGUGCAAUUCCCAUCUCUUUCUUUAUUUCAUUCUCACAAAUCAAAACCCCACCCUUUUAAUUAUUUAUUUUAUUAUUAACCAACAAUCAUUCUCCAAGUAUCUUUCUUUCAUUAUUUUUAUAUUUCUGUUUGAAACUAAAUUAAUAAUAAUGGGUUGCACCAGCUCCAAAAUUGAUGAUUUGCCGGCGGUCGCUCUCUGCCGUGACCGUUGUACCUUUUUAGACGAAGCUAUUCACUACCGUUACGCUUUAGCUGAAGCUCAUCUCGCUUAUCUUCACUCCCUCAAAUCAGUCGGCCUCUCUCUUCAUCAUUUUUUCGAACAAAAUGUCGAUAUUUCUGAUUCUACCCCUGAACUUCAUUCCCCUGUUAAAACUGACCCCUCUAAAAAACCUCAUGCCGCUGCUCCUCCUCCUCUGCCUGCUACUGCUGCUGCUGCCAUUGAUCAAAAUCAUGAUUCUCAUUCGAGUUCCGGUUCUCAUCUUCAUUUUCACUCUGAUUCUGAUGAAGAAGGUUCUGGUUCUGGUUCUGAAUCUUUACAUCAUCAUUUAGAUACUCAGAUGCCACGUCAUCAGUACGGUCAUCUCAGUUAUGCGGAUCAUGAAAUGCUUGGUUUUGGAGCUCCUUAUCCAGUUGGUGGGGGUAGUGGGUAUAUGCAUAUGAAUUUUAUGAGGAACCAAACUACACCGUCUGUUACACAUGAACAACGGCCAAUGAGUACUGAAACUGUUCGUAUGAGUGAACCCUAUCCUUAUCCUUAUGCUAAUAACUAUCUGGAUUAUCCUAUUUACGGGGGCGAAUUUUUUUCCUCUUCGUUGUCAAGGCCGUAUGGGGUUUCAUCGGCGGCGGGGCCGUCAUCCACGGCGGCGGUGGCUUCGAGCUCGAAACCGCCACCGCCUCCACCAUCUCCGCCGAGGAGUUCACCUUGGGAAUUCUUGAAUCCAUUUGAGACAUUUGAGAACUAUCCAGCACCAGCGUACACAUCGAGCAGAGACUCGAGAGAGGUGAGAGAAGAGGAGGGGAUACCUGAUUUGGAAAGUGAGGAUUUUGAUCAUGAGGUUGUUAAGGAAGUUCACGAGGAUCAAAGAUUUGCGGAGGAGGGCCCGAAGGCAGUUGCUGAGAAUGAGAAUGAUAAUGAGAAGAUGGCUGAUUCAGAAUUGUUGCACAGGCCGAGGCCAAGUUCAUCCACUGAGGAUGAUCCGGUUGAGUAUGAGGUGCACGUGGUGGAUAAGAAAGUGGUUGAUGAGGAGGAGGGGCGAGGAAAUGUAGCUGGUUUUAAGGGUCGUAGUUUGAAGAGUGACUCUGAUGUUGUGAAGGAGAUUCAGGUUCAAUUUGAGCGAGCUUCUGAAUCAGGGAAUGAGCUUGCUAUUAUGCUCGAGGUUGGAAAACUUCCUCAUAACCGUAAGCACGCCACAUAUCAAGUGAAUUCCAAGAUGUUGCACGCGAUUACCCCUAAUUCCUUAUCUAUAGUCUCGCAACCUUCUACCUCAAAGAAUGCUGCAAUUGAGAGUGCUGAUCCUGCCAUUUUAGAUGUAGAAGGAGAUAUUAUUUCAAGGUCUAGAAAUAUUUCGUCUACAUUACAGAAGCUGUACCUCUGGGAGAAGAAACUGUUUGAGGAGAUUAAGGCGGAGGAGAAGAUAAGGGUGCUUCAUGAAAGGAAAAGUCGAAAGCUGAAGCAAUUAGAUGAAAAGGGUGCUGAGUCUCACAAGGUUGACAUGACCAGAAAAUUGGUUUUAAGUCUCUCCUCAAAAAUAAGAAUUGCAAUUCAGGUCGUUGAUAAGGUUUCUGAGAAGAUAAACAGACUGAGGGAUGAAGAGUUGUGGCCACAACUGAAUGAACUCAUUCAGGGGCUAAGUAGAAUGUGGAAAUGCAUGCUUGAGUGCCAUCGCUACCAAUGUGUAGCUAUUGGAGAAGCAAAGCAGUUAGACGCCAUUUCAUCUCACAAACACUUUAGUGAUGCUCAUCUUGAAGCCACUUUGCAACUUGAGCAUGAACUUUUGAACUGGACUUUGAGAUUCUCUUGUUGGGUGAGUGCACAGAAGGGUUAUGUGAGAACAUUGAACAAUUGGCUUAUGAAAUUUUUUCCGGAUGCGCCAGAAGAAACAGUCGAUGGAAUAGCUCCCUUUUCUCCUGGUAGGAUUGGUGCGCCCCCUAUUUUUGUCAUUUGUUAUCAUUGGUCACAAUCGUUUGAAAGAGUUUCUGAGAAAGAGGUGGUUGAUUGUUUGCGAGAUUUUGCUACAAAUGUUCUUCAUCUUUGGGAGCGAGAUAAGUUUGAAUUGCGCCAACGGAUGUUGGUGAACAAGGAUAUGGAGAGACAAGUGAAGAACUUGGAGAGGGAAGACCAGAAGAUACAAAAGGGGAUUCAUGCACUAGACAAAAGAAUAGUACUGGUUUCUGGCGAGGAAAAUAGUCUCUCAUUAAAUAGGCAUGUUGUUUACCAGAGCGAGACAAGCAAAAACAGUAACCUUCAGGUUGGUUUACAACGUAUCUUUGAGUCCAUGGAAAGGUUUGCUGCCAACUCAUUGAAGGUAUACGAGGAGCUUUUGCAACGUAUUGAGGAGGAUAGACUUGCUUGAGAGCUUGAAAAGGUACUUUUCAGGGGGUUGGUUACGCUUAUUCUGUGAUAGAAGUUACAGAAGUUUCAGGUUAGGGGACAAAGGGAAACAGAGCAGAAGAUUCCGUUAUUGCCUCAUUGGACUUGCUACUGCUGCUGUAGCACUGUUACAGCUUGAUCAGUUUCAUCCUCCCUGUGCGGAAAAGAGAGUUUAAAUUAAGCUGACAGCAAUAUGCCUUUCAGGUCACUGCAACAGGAACUUUUUGCAAUAGUUGGAUCGGAUAUCCUCGAAUCUUCAAUUUUAGCUCUCCUUGAGUUUUGGUCCAACAAUUAUUUGGAGACCUCUGACUAAAUAUUACCCAGGAAGGAAAUUUAAUGAUGAAAGCUGCAAUUUGUGCUGUCUUCUUGGAACUAUUUUGAUGAACAUUUUAGAACUGAUAGUUGGAGAUAUUUGGGUGGUCGAAAGUGCUGAAAUGCCAAGCUGGAGCGCCGGGGAGAAAAGAGGUGUAGAAUUAUUCUUUCAUGGCCAAUAACUCUUCAUUUUGUAGUAGGUGCUUUUGAGUCUGCACGCGGAGACAAAGAGGAUGUGUGGUGACGCAAGUCAUGAAACUGCAGUUGCCUGGGCAUGAGAAUGGAGAUAUUCUGAUAGUUGAAUAGGGGUGUGUUUUUUAAGAUCCAAUCAAUAAUAUGUAUCUAAAAUUAGAUAUGUACACAAGGAAAUGGUUGAAGCCGAUGGAGUUUUGACGACAACGAGGUAAAAUUCUAUCUGAUGUUUGUAUAUGUCUAGUUGGUUUCCAUGAAGAAGGAUUAUGCACCUUUUUAUCUCUUCUCGAUUUUUUUUAAUGUCAGCUCUUCCUUACUAUGAAGUAUUUAGGUUAUAGGGGAACGAGAUGUGUCUGUUUUGAUCAGAAUAUUUGAAGACAGAUCUCCAUAUGCUUGUUAAAUUUUACACAUUUUAGGUUCAUAUCUUCUUUAUCUGUGGUUAA